AUGCUCUCUUUAACAUCACACUGGGCUUCUCUGCUUGUCCUGCUCUGUGUGAGCUUGACAAAUGCCCACACUGUCAUCACCUACCCCGGCUAUAGAGGAAACAACCUCCACACCAACGGCACAGUCACCGAAGCCAAUGGAUUAGGUGUUGCAUACGAGAAUGGAUCAUAUAUCUUCCCCUACGGAAUGGAAUGGAUCUAUCCAUGCGGCGGUAUGCCUCGAUCUACCAACCGCACCUACUGGCCCGUCAGCGGUGGUGCCGUAGCUUUCCAACCCGGCUGGUUUCCGGGCCACAGCACAGCAUUGAUAUAUGUCAACCUGGGCUUUGGCGAAACCCCCGAGAACAUGAGCCACCCAGUUGUGUCUCCAUUCCAGAUCACCGGCCCGAGUAACAACCCUUACCCGGGUACCGUCUGCCUGCCCCAGGUGCCCUUACCCGCCAAUAUCAGCGUCAAGGCUGGUGACUACGCUACUAUUCAAGUUGUGGAGACGGCUAAGCACGGAGCGGCGCUAUACAACUGCGUUGAUAUUGAAUUUGCCGAUGAUGGUGACUCGAAGGUUCAAACAGUUGAUCGCAAUAACUGUUUCAACUCUAGUGAUAUCUCCUUCCAGUACAUGUACACCACAUCUGGAAUCACGGCAAGUAAUGGUGCGGGAAUGUUGAAUCCUCCGCAACAGACUCUGUUAGUCUUUGCACCAUUGCUACUGGCGCUUGCUAUUCGAAUCUUAGUUUAA